GCUUGUUCAACAUCCUGGCUUCGUCCUGUUCGCAGCGUCGACCUAUCACGUCCGUUAAAUACCAAACACAAAGAUGGCCGUCUCUAUGCGCGCUGCUCAGACCGCCAAGGCCGCUCGCGUUAGCCGCGCUGCCAGGCCUGUUCGCGCCAACGUGGUGUGCAGGGCGCAGAAGGUCGAGUUCGGCCAGGCCGCCGCUGCUCUGGUGGCUGCCUCUGCCCUUGUUGCCGGGUCCGCCAAUGCCCUGACCUUCGACCAGCUCCAGGGCCUGACCUACCUCCAGGUCAAGGGCAGCGGCAUUGCCAACACCUGCCCUGUCCUGGAGAGCGGCACCACUGACCUGAAGGAGCUGAAGGCUGGCAGCUACAAGCUGCAGAACUUCUGCGUUGAGCCUACCUCUUUCACUGUUAAGGAGGAGGCCCAGUUCAAGGGCUCUGAGCCCGAGUUCGUGAAGACGAAGCUCAUGACUCGCCUGACCUACACCCUGGACGCCAUGAGCGGCACCCUGAAGGUCGGCAACGACGGCUCUGCUGAGCUGAAGGAGGACGACGGCAUCGACUACGCCGCUACCACUGUGCAGCUGCCCGGUGGCGAGCGUGUGCCCUUCCUGUUCACCAUUAAGCAGUUCGAUGGCAAGGGCAGCCUGGACAACAUUAAGGGCGACUUCCUUGUGCCCUCCUACCGCGGUGCUACCUUCCUUGACCCCAAGGGCCGCGGUGGUGCCACCGGCUACGACAACGCCGUUGCGCUGCCCGCCCGUGCCGAUGACGAGGAGCUGCUGAAGGAGAACGUCAAGAACACCAAGGCGCUCAAGGGCUCCGCCGUCUUCUCCGUGGCCAAGGUUGACACCGCUACCGGUGAGAUUGCCGGCGUGUUCGAGAGCGUGCAGCCCUCCGACACCGAUCUGGGCGCUAAGGUGCCCAAGGACGUCAAGGUCACCGGCCUCUGGUACGCUCAGCUGCAGUAAGCUGGCCGGCUGUAUCCUAGCCCAGCUGCUUAAGCAUUUCAACUGCGGCCUUCACAGCGCAGCUGGCUUCUUCAGUUCGCUGUGGCUGUUGAUGACCGGCGCUUAUGCUGCUGGUGCUAUUUGCGGUCCCUGCUCUUGCAUAAGAGUUUGGGGCCUGCUGCCGGAUAGCUGCUUUGGGAGAGCGGGAGCAACUUGUUGAAGGCAUCUUCUUUGCCGCGCAAGGGCAAGGCUAAGAGCAGGCGGAAAACGAGGCUAGGGCGUUGUUUGGUUGUGGAAAGGGACUUUUUGUUGUUGCCCGUGUCCUGACCACUUCUAUUCAGCGUUGUUAGCAGAGCCGACUUGGUUUGCGAUGCGAGCAGAAUAUCGUGGAGCGGAAGGUUGUGACAGCUGAGCUUGCUUCCUGAUAGGAGGAUCAGGGAGGAUAGCUCUUUUUGUGAGCGCCAGUCGGACUGAGAAGAACGAAGAGAAGAAAGCGUUUAAAUUAAUUCGCGCAUGUCGGCUAUCGUCUGUGUAAGGCUUAAUGCUGCCGGAGCAGAAGGGGCUGCUUGCGCUCGUCGCGGAAAAGGGACACUGUUCCUGUGUGGCACGCGCUUCUAGUAGGCAGACCGCGCGAUGACACACGGGGCGGGUCAAUAAACCCUCUUUCUGUGGAGUAGCGUGAGAAGACGUUGCAUGUCUUUCCCAUCUGUAGAUAACAUGUACGAUACCAUCGCGUGUGUAACGCACCAGAGAAGAAG